AUGGCACCACCACAAAAUAAGCGCCCGCCGCCGCACAUCCACGCCGUCGCGGGCAUCGCCGCCGGCGCCUGCUCCACUACACUAUUGUACCCGCUCGACCUCGUGAAAGUGCGCUUCCAGGCCGACACGAGGGUGGAACGGAUGCCCGGCGUCGUAGCAGCGGCAUCUUCCGUUAUCAGGAGGGAAGGCUUACGUUCGCUCUUCAACGGCCUCUCGCCCGCAUUACUUGGAAGCGCACUAUCUUGGGGGGGCUUUUUCUACUUCUACGAGCGCUUCAAACCACAAAAUGCCAGCGCGAUGAACCACGCCGUCGCUUCGAUUCAAAGUGGUGCUUGUAUGGUUCUGUUGACCAAUCCCGUCUGGCUCGUGAAAACGAGAUUGCAACUGCAGAAGGACCAACGCUACAAGGGCAUCUUAGAUGCGUUCUCAAGAAUCAUAAAAGAAGAGGGCUGGUUGGCUCUCUACCGAGGUAUUUUACCGGCGUUAUUUCUGACGUCGCACGGCGCAGUGCAAUUUGUCGUUUAUGAGAAACUGAAGGAACUGAGGCCGCCGUCCACGGACGCGGGCCGGUCCGAGGCUCUAGUUUAUGGUGGCGUGUCGAAAUUGGCCGCCGCGACCGCGACCUACCCGUACCAAGUCGUGAAAACGCGGGUCCAGCAGCGGUAUCCCAACACGAACUCGAAUUUCAAGGGCAAUUUACCCGCUGGCGAAAUAGCGCGAACUCUGAAAUGCGUGGGCGACACGUUCCGCGUGGAGGGUAUUCGAGGCUUCUUCAAGGGGUGCUGGCCGAACGCGCUGCGCGUCGCGCCGUCGGCGGCGCUGACGUUCUGGACGUACGAGGUCGUCGUCGCGGCGGCUGCUUCUGCUUCUGUGAAGUAA